CGCGCAUGUGCACUAGCCUUCAGCCAGCAAAAAGCAAUGGCUUCAUUUAUGCUCCCGGCCUUGCAUAUUACGUAAAGCAUCAUAUUCCUUAUUCCUGGCUCUCGUACCAUGCUAUUCUACAAACGGGGGAAGCGAGGCUCAGAAGUUGGAAACAAUUACCGCAGGAUAUAAAAAAAACUGAAGCAAGUCAUUAGUCGAACCUCGGCGCAGAAGGCCGAGAACAAAGCCUCAGGGAGACAGUACGUGUGCGUAGCUCCGCCCCUCCUUUGGCGAAGCAACUAGGCUUGACCCUUCCCGCGACCGGUCGCGCGGCGGAGCAAGUGCGGAAGGCUUGCUUGGCGGGCAGUGUGUAGCUAUGGAACCAGACGGGACCUACGAGCCGGGUUUCGUGGGUAUUCGAUUCUGCCAGGAAUGUAACAACAUGCUUUACCCCAAGGAGGACAAGGAGAACCGCAUUCUGCUCUACGCGUGCCGGAAUUGUGAUUACCAGCAGGAAGCCGACAACAGCUGCAUCUAUGUCAACAAGAUCACGCACGAAGUGGACGAACUGACCCAGAUUAUCGCUGACGUGUCCCAGGACCCCACGUUGCCGCGGACCGAGGACCACCCGUGCCAAAAGUGUGGCCACAAGGAGGCGGUGUUCUUCCAGUCACAUAGUGCCCGGGCCGAGGACGCCAUGCGCUUGUACUAUGUGUGCACGGCCCCACACUGUGGCCACCGCUGGACCGAGUGAACUGUCCUCUCCUGUGUGUAAUAAAUUCUGUGUUUUGUGCGUGCA